AUGCGCUUCGAGGGCGCGGAGCGGCGCGACGCCGUCGCCUUCCAUCCGUUGCUGGCACCGCGGCCAAGCGAUUUCUCGGUUUCGGCGCUGCUGACGGCGGGAGCCCUGCCGCCCCCGCCGUACCUGCCGGCCGCACUGGCCGCCGCCGCUGCGCUGUCCGCGCCUUGCCCGCUGCUGAAGCCGCCGCCGCCGCUGUACGCGCCGCUACCCCCCGACGACGACGGAGUCGUCGAUGACCCGAAGGUCACCCUGGAGGGCAAGGACCUCUGGGAGAAGUUCCACAAGCUGGGCACCGAGAUGGUGAUCACCAAGAGUGGCAGACAAAUGUUCCCACAAAUGAAGUUUCGCGUCUCUGGUUUGGACGCGAAGGCGAAAUACAUCCUUCUACUUGACAUCGUCGCAGCCGACGACUACCGAUAUAAGUUCCACAACAGUCGGUGGAUGGUCGCCGGGAAGGCCGACCCUGAGAUGCCGAAGAGGAUGUACAUCCACCCCGACUCGCCCUCCACGGGGGAGCAGUGGAUGCAGAAGGUCGUCUCCUUCCACAAGUUGAAGCUGACCAACAAUAUCAGCGACAAACACGGAUUCGAGCUCAUCUAUAGCCAAAGCCAACGGAUGUUGUCAAAGUUGCUGUGGCCCAACCCGGCCCCUAGUGCGCCCAGAGACCCCCACUCAGAUCAUUUGACGAUCCUGAACUCGAUGCACAAGUACCAGCCGCGGUUCCACCUGGUCCGCGCCAACGACAUCCUCAAGCUGCCCUACUCCACCUUCCGGACCUACGUGUUCAAGGAGACGGAGUUCAUCGCGGUCACGGCCUACCAGAAUGAAAAGAUCACGCAACUGAAGAUCGACAACAAUCCCUUCGCGAAAGGGUUCCGGGACACCGGAGCGGGAAAACGGGAGAAGAAUCUGUCCGUGUACCGCAGGCAGGCGCUGCUGACGGCGCGCUCCGACGCGCGGGACGAGGACGACGAGCGGCCGCUGGACGUGGGCGGGCCCAGCUCGCCGCCGCCCCCGCCCACCACCACGCAGCACUCCACCAGCUCAUGGUUCAGUUCGAGUGGAGGCGGCGGCGGAGGCGCGGACUCCGGCCCCGAGGAGGUCAUCGAGGCCGGCUCGGACUCCUCGUGCUCGGGCGGGCCCCGCGCGUCGUCGCCCCCCGCGGGCCCCUCGCGGCCGUCUCCCGCGCCUGACGUGUCCCUGGGCCCGCCGGUGCAGCCGCCGCUGCUGCCGUACCUAUACCCGCCGUCGCUGUACCCGCCGCCGUUCUUCCCGCCGCACCAGAUGCCGCCGGGGCUGCUGUUUAACUUGCACCCAUUGCUGCAGCAGUACUCGCUGCCGCCGCCGCCUGCCCCGCCGGCGCCGGCGCCGCCGCUAGGGAAGGGGCACCGGUUCGCGCCGUACGCGCUGCCCGGACUGGGCUCGGCGUUCGAGCAGGUGGCGCCGCGCGCGCGCAGCCUAAGCUCGUCGCCGGCGCGCCGGCCGGGCUCGCCGCCGGCGCGCGCCGCGUCCGCCGACCCGCCGCCCGACGCGCCCACCUCGACCACGUCCAGCACACCGCCCGCCUCCGACCUCAAGAGCAUCGAGCGCAUGGUCAACGGGCUGGACGUGGAAACACAGGACUGACUCGCGACGUAGCCUUGUACAUAGCGUGUAUUUAUAUUCAGCCUCGCUCCGAAGUCACCUGAACGCGGGCGCCGUUUUGUAUCGUUCCUAUUUUGUUUUCCUUUCGAGUUCUAUUCGGGUCGAUUAGGGCUUAGUGCGAGUUUACAUCAAUCGUCACUAGUGAGCGCGUUAAAAAAGUGUUAUGAAGAUUGUAGUGGACAGCCGCUCGGGCGGGCAAAAAUAACGAAAUACCUUUAAAAAUAAUAGGUUUAUUUUCACCAAAAAUGCCCAGACGGCUAUCAAAAAACGUACACUUCAAAACUAAAAACAAAAGGUAUCAAAAUUAAUAAAAAAAAGUAUAAAAACAUAAAUAAAUAUCAAAAGAGGUUGGUCCACCUAUCGGUUCCCAACAAAGAUUUUAGUUCUUGAAAGUUUCCGCGAGGGACGCUGUACAAUCCGUCAUACAUUUAACGUCACUUUUUUACGCAGUCGAUAUCGAAUGCGUUUGAAGUAAACUCACACUACGCCCCCGUAUUGUAAAUAGUCGCUUACUAGGUGGCGACCGGUCGCGGCCGGCACACGGUGGCUUUCAUCUUUAUCGCGUAGCUCUCACAGCACUCCUGGAGUGCACGUGGAUGUGCGUAGUGCUUCUCUGAUAACCCUCAAAUGGCAAUGAGAAUAACCUCCAUCGAAGGACGGUGCAAUUGCGUAAUCAAUAUUGGACCUUAUUGCAUUCGUCGAUUGUAUACUUUUGCACCUUAACUUGUUUAACCUACUAGUAACUCAGGUUGUGCCAUUUGAAGGAAUCUCCGUGGAAGUACUUUGUUAGAGCGUAAUUGUUGAUCUGGUCAGUGUUCUGUAAGAACGAAGAUAUAUUCAGAUUUUAAAUCUUGAUUGAGAGACACUAUCUUAGGAGCACUACUGUGAUGUGUUCAUCUUAGCAUGAUCCCCUUAAAACUGUCGACAUUUUGAAAGGAUAUCUGAAGCUUGAAUCAUGAUAGCAAAAGCAGUCUAUUUUAUUUAAAAAGAAAAGCAUAAUAAAGUACGAUAGCUGGAUCUUGCUACUAUGAGCGUGUAUCACGUGACACCGACAUCGAACCUAUGUACCACGUAGGACACAUAGCAACCACUCAUAGACUCCACUGCAAUAGAAAUAGGUUAUCAAUUUUUCGACUUUGUUAAGUGACGUCAUUGGUCCCAUAAUCCAAUCAUAGUUAUUAAUGUGAAAAAAGAAGAUCCAAUGUAAUAAACUCACAAUUUAUUUUUAUUAUUUUUCUUUCGAAUUAAAAUUUUGAAAACUUGAGUUGAGAGAGUAAUGUAAUGAUUUUUUUUUAUUAAAUAUUGUUUCUUGGUUGUUAUCUAAUUUUCCGAUCGGACCAAUGACUUCACCAAAAACAUUCGUCGAAUAAAAAAACAAUUUUGUUUUCCACUUUUAUUAAUAGUAAUUACUUGAAUAGUAUCGCUUAAUUUUGUAAAUACAAUUGUAAGGUAUAUUUACGUGUUUACUUAUAGGCAUAUUUUGAAAAUAUGUUUUGUCAAUUGUGCUGUGAAAUAGUUGAGCGUAUAAUUGUUAUUUUCUUAGUAUAAAGUCUAAUAAUGUUGUAACUGAUUGAAUAAAAUUGUAUAACUUCAUAUUUUUGGCUUUUCGUCAUCUAAUUUCGAUUCUUUUAAAAAUGAAACUAAAAAACGGAAAAUAUCAACUGUACGCCCACAAAAUAAACGAUUGAUGAAAAUAAAUAUAAAUGUAAGUUAAAGUUUGUAAUAUAUAGUUGAUAAAUGUAGUUAAAGAUACAAAAUAUAUAAUUAUAAAUGAAUAUAAUUUUCCAUGGAAUUCAUUAAAGUUAAGCGCGUUGAAUUUAAAUUCUGAAAUAGAUACCUAUAUACGUAAAGAAGUCUUAAUUUACACUAUUGUUCUGUACCAGUGAUUUGAUUGCAAUA